GAAAACCGGUCCAGAUACUUGCCACGAUGAACAUCGUGCGCCCCAGUACCGCGGCAUCGCGAGCAAGCAGCAUGUCCGGGAAUUCGGGGCUAUCGUUGCUCUUCGCAACUCUGUGCAUCGUCGAUAUUUUCGGCGUGUUCCCGAUAAUCGCGCUACCACGAUCGAUUGUCCAGUGCGGAUUGUACGGAAUCCCUUUGGUGCUCGUUGUCUUUGGUUUGCAAAUUUACACGGCGAUUCUGCUGGGGAGAUCAUGGAUCAUCGCGACUACUCUGGAUCCACAGAUUUCACGAAAAAAUCGCUAUCCUCUCGCCGCUGUGACGGAAUUGACGAUGGGUCAGCGCGCACGAUCCAUUGUCACUUUGCUUUUAGACUUAACGGUUUUUGGUUGUGGCAUUCCUAAUUUGUUAGUCGCUUCGCAGAAUUUGCACCUGUUCGGGCUCAAGAUAUCGGGACAGCGUUUCGAUCUCUCUUUCUGUUACUGGCUGCUAAUAGUCGGCCUUUUACUUUGUCCGUUAAUGUGGCUGGGCAGUCCGCGGGAUAUGAAAUGGGUCGCAACGUGUUCUAGUAUAACAGUUACUUUAACGGCGGUGUUAACUUGGUGGAGUAUUAUAGCUGAUGAUCGAACAUCUGACGUCGCCCCAAUUGCCACUUCGCCGACGUGGGAUAAAUUUAUUUCCGGGUACGGUAUGCUAGCCUUUCAGUUCGACGUGCAUCCUACUCUAAUGACGAUACAGGUUGACAUGCGUCGUCCUCGAGACAUCGAUAAAGCUGUCUUCUUUUCUUUUAUGGUAAGCGGAUCGCUGUUCAUCGUUACCGCUUGCCUAGCCGUGUGGAAAUACGGCGGCAAUACGACUGCCAAUAUUCUGGAAGCUGUGCCAUCCGGAUCGGUUGCGAACAUCGCUAUCCUGUUAGCCGCUCUUCAACUGUGCUUCUCCAGCGUGAUUGGCUACUCGGCGCUCUUUCAACAUCUGGAGGAUCAGUGGAGCGUGCAAAGAACUUUCGGAUGGAAACGAUGCGCCAUGCGAUCGGCGGUGGUUUUUCUCAGCGUGGUUGUAGGCGAAACGAUAUCGCGAUUCGACAUCAUCAUGACUUUAAUCGGCGGAUCGUUAACCGGAUCAUUGGUAUUUGUUCUGCCGCCUCUGAUAUACACUCGAGCAUUAGCUUUGAAGAAGCAGUCGAGUCACGUAGCCGAGGAACGGAUUUAUUCAGGUUCUCGCAAAAGAUUGAACGGCGAAGAACAGCGCUUGAUGGAUCCUGGAGCUCAUUCCCGUUCAAUUUACUACGGUUUCCUGAGUGCCACGAAUAAUCCUUGCAGCUACACGUAUCUCUAUUUCGACGAUUUGGAUGACGAGACAAAUUCACAUUCGAGCGAACUCGAUUGUUACGAGGGCGAACGCAAGGACGAGGUCACUCAAAUUCCAAUGACUAGCACUCGUCGGGAGGACCAGCCGCUUCUCAUCGACGCCGCGGAGCCAACCAGAAAUCGAGUCAGGACGUCUGCGGGUGAUCGGCGAGAAGAGGUCGCGGAAACGGUUGCGAAGAGGAGAAAAUUAUGGAAUCUGGAAAGGACGAUCAAUUACUUCGGCUACUUCAUAGUAACGAUCGGUAUAGCAAUCACGCUGUCCUCGACGUAUGUCAACAUUUGGAAUACCAUACGUUACGUGCGUUUUACGCCGCCGUGCAUCGUUAACGCUACCGCGGGCUAAAACCUUCGUACAAU